AUGACACGGUCGGAGCAGAAUUUCGGGGAGUCGGAGGUUCGGCGGCAACAGCAGGAACAAGAGGAGGCCCGCAGUCCCGCCGGAGCGGCGACCGAGGAAGAGGAGGACGAACGCUGCCUCGCGGAUGAGGACGAGGACGAGGAGGAAGAGCGGGACGGGGAGGAAGACGAGGAGGACGGACAGGACAAACCCAAAAGGCGAGGACCCAAGAAGAAGAAGAUGACCAAGGCGCGCAUGCAGAGGUUCAAAGUUCGUCGCAUGAAGGCUAACGCUCGAGAGCGCAACCGCAUGCACGGCUUGAACGACGCCCUUGAGAGUCUGCGCAAGGUGGUCCCCUGCUACUCCAAAACCCAAAAACUGUCCAAAAUCGAGACCCUGCGUCUGGCCAAGAACUACAUCUGGACCCUGAGCGAAAUCCUGCGAUCCGGGAAGGCGCCGGACCUGGUCGCCUUCGUGCAGGCCCUCUGCAAAGGUUUGUCGCAGCCGACCACCAACUUGGUGGCGGGCUGCCUCCAGCUCAACCCUCGCACCUUCCUGCCCGAGCAGUCGCCCGAGCUGCCGGCCCACCUGCACCCCCCGGGCGGCGCCCACUACGCCGGCCACUUCUCCUACGCGGGGCCGGGCCUGACGCCGGGCCUGCCCAGCCCGCCGUACGGCAGCGCCGACCCCUCGCACGUCUUCCACCGGGCCAAGGGCCCGGCGUACGGCGCCCCGGAAGCCUACUUCGACGGCGUCCUGGUGUCGGACGGCCCCCCCUUCGAUCCGCCCCUCAGCCCGCCCCUCAGCAUCAACGGCAACUUCUCGUCCUACAAGCACGAGGCGGCGGCCGACUACGACAAGAGCUACUCCUUCGGCGCGCGCUACGGCCACCCGGCCCACGUCUACCCGCAGGCGGACGACCUGAUGGGCUUCGACGGACACUCGCAUCACGAGCGGCUGAUGAACGCGCAGCUCGGCGCCAUUUUCCACGAGUCCUGA